AUGCCUCGUGGUCGUAAACGGAAAACGGAAGACAAUUCCGAUGCAGCGCAAAAGGAAACAGAAGUCGACAAAAAAGAAGAAUUCUCUGAUGAAGAAAGCCCUGCAAAAAAGAAGAAAGAAUCCUCGAAAAGUCUGACAUUCAAGAUCGAGCACUGGUAUGUCUUACGUAAUUAUGUGAACAUUGUCAGCUUUGUUUACUAAGCUUUUGAGCUGGCUUAACUUCAGAAUACCCGGUUACUUAUUUACAAAAGGGGGCAAUGUAAAAUGCAGACUGUGGACUGACUGCGGACUAUUGUAGUUAGGGUUAGAAAACAAUGGGACUAUUGUUGUCACGUACUCAUUUGCAUGGUGAAAACAAAAGUGCGCAGUAGCGUUUUACAGGGACCGAUAACCAGGGUAGUCAACCCCCACGUCAUCAAAUAUUGAGAAUUGAUAGGGAAGGAAUUAUAGAUGACGUCAUAUCGCACGACAACCUUUUAUCUUAGGGACUGGACGAACAUCUCCACCCCCCCCCUGCCACUUACCUACCUACCACUGAUUAUUAAUACAUGGGGCUGCAAAAAUAAAUUCUGGAAUGGCAUUAGGAGUGGUUGGCAAUCAUAUUACAAAUGCCCAUUGUCACCCAUGUCAGGGUGAACUGAAUCCAAUUAGUUUGACCACGCCUUUCUUUAAUAAUCCUUUUGCACUCAUUGAUCAUGUAGUUAAUUAAAAUAACAAAUUAUUUUGUCCCUGUGUUAACCAUUAUAUCACUCUUUUUAUGCAUUUUCUCCUAGUAAAUCCUGACAGGUGUAUAAACGGAAUGCCAAUCAGCUGUCCUCAGAUCUGAUGAGUGCAUUCCCCAAUGCCAAAGUCCUUAUCAAUGAAACAAAGCCACGGUCAAAGAGUUUUGAAUUGUCAGUUGUCAAGGAAGAUGGAGAAGGUAAAAAUAAUGUAUUAAAGUAAGGCUCCUAGUACUGAAGUGUUUUCCUUGAUGCACAUGUAUCAUUCCCUUUUUCUCCAGAAACAUGUUUAAAAAUCUCAAGGCCUACAGAACAAGGGUGUUCUCAACUUUUUUUUGCUUUUGCUUUUUACUUUUUGCAAGUGUGACGUGGGCACAGGGUGCUUGCCUUCCUCUACUGCAUGUCUCUCACUUCAUGUACUAUACUAAAGGUCAAGUCAAAAUAAAGGUUAUGUAUGUAUGUAUUAGAGUCUCUGAUCUGGACUGGAAUCAAGAAAGGACCACCCCGCAAACUCAAGUUUCCAGUAAGCAGUGACAUCAUUGAAGAUGUGAAGAAAAUGAUCCUCUAGAAAAAAAUCAGAAAGAAAGGUAAACAUUGAUGACAACAUUUGUUGAUUGAAGAAAGUUGAUCGAGUUAUAUUUCUUUAGCUUCAUUCUCUGGGUGAGAUACAGUAAAAACUUGCCAGUAAGAACCUGGUUUUUUAGCCUUUAAGCUCCAUGAAUAUCAACACACAAAUUCUCCAGCCUGUUCUCCACACAUUUACAUAAAGAAUUAAUGAGGAGAAUUUGGUUAAAGAUCAAAGCAUUUUCCCUUUGGUGAUACUUUUAUUAAUUCUUCAUGGUUCGUACAAUCUUGAAAAGUUCUUGAAUUGUAGUAGUCGCCUUGAGAACACGUGGCUGGGUUGCUGGUUGGUAGGCCUGUGGGUGUUCUUCUGCCUUGGGGUGUCAUUGUAGUUGCAGUCCCCUGGCCCAUGGGCAACCAACCUCCACUUGCGACACGGUCAUUAGUAAUUAUUAAUCAUUACUAUAAUAAUUAUUAUUAUAAUUGUUAUAAUUAUUGAAAUAAUAUUUAACACUUUUUGUAGCUUUGUCUCAGUAGAUAUCUGAACUUGCUGUUUAACAAAAUGGAUCCAAAUAUUUAAAAAUAUUAAUAAGACAUGUACAGUACUACUAAAUGCUAUCUUUCUUUCCUUGCAGGUAUAUAUUAUUGGGUUUUAUGGAGACUUGGAUUACAAACUGAUAUCUGUGGAUUGUACAUUGCAACCAAGUAAAUGACAGUUCGUGACAAAAAAUAGCUAAAUGCUGCUGUUGUGGACUUGAAGACAGUUGGUAUGAUUUGUGCAGAAGCAGAACGGACAUUUUGUAGUCUUUAUUUCCAUAACCAUAAGUUGUGUACUCUAAAGUUUUGUUAUUGUUCAAUUUAUAAUGUAAUCAAAGAUUAUGACUUUUGAUGGCCACAUAACUUACAGUUUAUGGAAUUUCUCCAAUUCACCAACACUUUGAAAUUUAAAAGAACUGUUCUUGAUUUUUAUUGGCUAGCAGACUGCCAGAGCCACACUCCUCUUUAGUAAAUUGUGACCUCUGAUUGGUUGAUUGUUGGUUGGCCUCAGUUGAGUUGAUUCAACUCAUAAGAAGGCCAAAUUACCCUGGAGAGAAAAGAAGGACACAUGCCAAACAGUUGUUCUUUGAAGAUACAAGGCUGCCCUAUUCUCAUCACAUGGCACCAACGUUGCCGUCAGUGAAAAGAAUCCACUUGAUCAGUAACAAAUCCAAAGAAUCUCAGAUUAGAUAAGUUACAGUGGAUUCUCCAAAAGAAAAGCACCCUAACUGACAUCAAAACAUGACAUCGACCCAUGUAAGGGAAUCCAAGACACUCUUGGAUUCCAGAUCCAAACAAGGUACUGGAUUCUGCAUGGAUUCUUUGUCAGUGGAACUUAGAAUCCGGAUACCUGUCAUUAGUGGGAUUCUAGAUUCGUUGAGCUUUAUUCUGGAUUCAAAAGCCCAGGAUUCCAUAUUCCACUACAGGCAUAAAUUUCCUGGAUUCCGGAAUCCGCAUUCCCUUACAUGGGGUGAAUGACAAAUGCCAGUUUGGGCUCUUAAGGCCAUGAUGUUACUCAAGACAAUUUGCAACGAUGAUUUUUAGCGCAA